UGACAUUGGUGUGGGACGGUCAGGAAGUGGCAGCUUUUCAGACUCGGAAUGAUGAUGACCCGCGGAAGCCAAGUAAACUGGUGAAGAUCUGCAAAGGGUCAAGUACAUGUAGACUCAGCUCGGCGCCCUCCGAAACUCUCGGCAACAGAUGGUUGGUGCUCCGACAGAUGAAUCGGGAAUGUAUCGAAAGUCUCGGCCAAAUUAGGAAUUAGAACUCUGAAUGUCCAUCGCGCUAGACGUGACGCUGCACAACUUCUACCUAGGUGACAAUGGAGUCCAUGGAGUCCGACGAAGAGUCUAGGAUGAUAAUGCCUAAAGCUCAGCCGGCCGCGUCCGAACUUGAAAUUGACGAAAGCUCUCGCGCCCUUGAUGAGCGCAGCCACCAUGGGGCCAACAAACCAAUCUGGGAUCUCUACGCAAACACAAACCUCUGCGCGGCAGUCCGCUGCCUCUUCAGCAUCCCGAUGCUGGGUUCCGCAGCUCGAAUUGUAGCUUCGACGGAGCCCAUCUCGACGGUCUUUCCCUUUGCAGCCUAUGCUCUUGGCUGUGCCAUCCUUCACGUCCUCCUAGCAGCUCAUCGCACCGUCAGGCCGAGGUCACUCACCAGCGCACUGCCAUCCCAGCUAUACAUGACCAUCAUUGCGAUCUCUCCCGCGGCGUUGUUGGCGGCUUCCCUCUACGGCUUCACGGUGCUCGCAAUGACCAGGGAGCACUAUGACGAACGGGACCCCCAGGGAGAGCUCGUUCGGUGCGGCAGUAAAUAUGGUUCACGCAAAUGCCGUCCGAAGACACACGCAGCGGAUAUAUACGACAUGACGAUUGUCUGCACCUCCUUUGCGUUCGCUGCAUUGUAAGUCUACUACGGUCUACUAGGGUUAUGGUAGUAGUACUGUAGUAGUGGUAGUUGCUGACUUGGAUUUUAACCCAUAACCGUUUGAUUCUUGCAGAUGCUGCUCGCUCGCCCAGUGCUAUC